GGCGUCAAUUCUGUACUCUACUACAGCUCAACAGGCUACACAGGAAAGGCUUGGAUAGGCCUCUACGGUGGAGGCUGGAGAUGGUCCCUGAAUGACAGCAGCUUCUAUGGUAAAGGAGAGACAGUGUUUAGAAACUGGGCCCCUGGAUAUCCCUACAAUCCUUACGGACAACAGAGCUGUGUGAUGCUUCAAAGCUAUUACUAUUACUAUUACUACUUCAAUGACUACAAUGGAAAGUGGUUGGACGUUAAUUGCAACUACCAAUUCUUCUCUGUGUGCUACAACGGUUCAGUAAAUGGCAAAUCAUCCUUUGUAAAAGUCAACACACCUUUGAAUUGGAUUCAAGCUCAGAGAUACUGCAGGGAGAAUUACGUCGAUCUAGCCAGUGUACGAAAUCGGGCAGAAAAUUUUGCCAUCGCAAAAUUGGCAGCUUCUGACACUGUGUGGAUCGGUCUGCACCAGGAACCAUUGUGGUCUGAUGGGAGCCCCUCUGUGUUUCAAUACUGGGCCAGUGGGCAACCAGACAGCACAGAGCAGUGUGUCACCACAGCGUUCAGAAACUCAGGACUGUGGUCAGAUGAUAACUGCUCCCUCACUUUACCGUUCAUCUGUUACUCAACAACUCCUCCAAAAACAGAAGACUUCAGAGCAAUACAGCAAGCUGAGACCUAUAUCACUCUGCAGUGGAAUAAAGUGAACAACAGCUUCAGCUUCAUUCUCCAGUUUAAUGGUGCAGAGAUCAACAUCAAUGCACCAGCUGGAGAUGGACGAGUAACUCACACAGUCUCAUCUCUCACUGCUAGAACUAAAUACACAUUCACUCUCUUCUCUGUGUUUGAGAACGUCAGAAGCAGUGGAGUAAACAUUACUGCAGUUACCGCUCCUCCAAACGCAUACAACUUCAUUUCAACAGCACAAGAUGAGACCAGUAUCACUCUGCAGUGGAAUAAAGUGAACAACGUCAGCUAUAUUCUCCAGUUUAAUAGUGCAGAGAUCGACAUCGCUGUACCAGAUGGAGAUGGACCAGUAACUUACACAGUCUCAUCUCUCACUCCUGGAACUACAUACGUAUUCACUCUCUACUCUGUGUUUGAGAACGCCAGAAGCAGUGGAGUGAGCAUUACUGCAGUCACUAGAACUCGUCAGUUUUACUUUGAGGCUACGCCACUGAACUGGACUGAAGCUCAGAGCUUCUGCAGACGGGUCUACACUGACCUGGCCACCAUAAGAACCAGUACUGACGCCUAUGCUAUACUCAGCACCACACCGAGCUACAGAGGAAAGGCUUGGAUAGGUCUCUAUGAUGACAACUGGAGAUGGUCCCUGAAUGACAGCAGCUUCUAUGGUGAAGGAGACACAGGGUUUAGAAACUGGGCUCCUGGACAUCCCUACCUUGCUAUUGGACAGAACUGUGUGCUGCUCCAAAAUUUAAGAUAUUUUUAUUUCUAUUACUAUGGCUACAGUGGAACAUGGGUGGACGUUAAUUGCAACGACCUGUUCUACUCUGUGUGCUACAACGGUUCAGUAAAUGGAACAUCAUCCUUUGUAAAAGUCGACACACCUUUUAAUUGGACUGAAGCUCAGAGAUACUGCAGGGAGAAUUACGUCGAUCUAGCCAGUAUACGAAAUCGGGCAGAAAAUGACAUCAUCACAAAGCUGACAGCUGGUGACGAUGUGUGGAUCGGUCUGCACCGGGAACAACUGUGGUCUGAUGGGAGCACCUCUAUGUUUCAAUACUGGGUUUAUGGGCAACCAGACAGUCCAGAGCAGUGUGUCACCACAAUGUUCAGUUACUCAGGACGGUGGUCAGAUGAUAACUGCUCCCUCACUUUACCGUUCAUCUGUUACUCAACAACUCCUCCAAACGCAGAAGACUUCAGACCAAUAAGACAAGAUGAGACCAGUAUCACUCUGCAAGCAAGACCCCUGUUUGACAUCAAAUGUCUGCAGCAGUCUGUGUGUCGGCUUCAUCUCCCACACUGUGAGAUCCGCUCCACAGGUGGAGGUGAGUUCUUGUCAGUCGCUCAUGUGAACGACGAGGGCAUCGAGUUUAUCGGCCCUCAGAAGAUCACAGAAACUCACGUUGUUAUAAACAUCACAGGGUUUUCUGGUUUCGGUAAUGUCAAGGAUGAAGACUCGCCGGCUGACCCGGUCCGAGCGCUGGUUCUGCUGUUCUACAGGCCCCCGGCUGAUCCCGACGCUGAAUCCCUCCUCAACGUGUUGCUGCUACCGAGGAACGUGGUGCUCCGGGAUGUGCUGCGCACCAGGAAGAAAUUAGUUGGAGAUGAGAGCUACAUAGAGACGUCCCCACACUGUAAACUGCAGCCAAAGCAGGAAUACACACUGUCCACUUGUCCUGCAGAGGACUCAGUUCUAGUUCAACCAACAGAAGCAGAGUUUGACUGCGACAACUACGACAACUACUUCCCAUCAUUCCAGGUGAUUUUAGAAACAAUGAGGAAACACGUGAAGCUGUUUCUGAGAGACACCAACAGCUCCCACAGUGUCUGGGAAAGACGAGUUUGCCUCACUGGAGUAAAAAGGUCCUGUGGGCCGAGCGCUCUGAAUCUCUCUUCAGAUAAGAGGCUGUUGGACAUACGGAGCAGCUUCAUCGAGGGGAUAUCAGGACCGGUUCUCACAAGUCUGCUGGACAAACUGUUUGAGAAAACGGUGAUAGCUGAAGCUGAGAGGGAGUCAGCGGACGAGAUGCAGAACAGAAGAGACAAAGCUCGUUUUGUUAUCGACUCAGUGAGGAAGAAAGGUGAAGCUGCUAGUUCAGAGAUGAUUGAGUUCCUCUGUGAGGCCGACCCCUUCCUCUGUGAACAUCUCGGGUUGAUCUGA